AAGUUUCAGUACGUAUUUGAAGCUGUUGUUGAGUAGUUAUUAAUAACCUAGAAUGCUGAGGCUGACCGUAUUUUUCCUGUGCUUCGUUGUGGUCCUGGAUUCGAGGGGACUGUUUGUGGAUUGCCAUGACAGCAGUCAAAGUCAGUGUGAUCAAAGCUGCCACUACCCCCUCUAUCCACUGCUCAGUUAUGUUCCUGAUCUUAGGACCCAGAUUGACUAUAUCGAGAACGCCCAGCAGUUCAUUUUAAUCAAACAAGAUGCACUACUUUUGAACAUCCAGAGGGAUCUCAAGGAACUUUCGUAUAAUAUCAAACAGGACCACCAGGAUGCCUGCAAGGAUUCCAUCACGAAAAAAGACUUCGAGACGUUUCAGGCCCGAAUGAACGAUCAAUUUCAGGCAAUUCUGAAGAAAAUGGACGGAAUUCAAGCAAAAUGCUCGGAAUGCCCCGCAAUCGACGAUACCAUUUCCACAAACAAAGCAAUAAAAAUUCCCCCUCAUUUCGAGCAGAUCGGGUCGAGGUUCUUUUACAUAGAAAAUAAAACUAAGCGAUCUUGGACAGAUGCAGAGAUAACCUGCCGUGGGAAGGGUGGAUAUAUGGCAGCCAUUAAAAACAAAGAUGAGUUUAACGAUAUUUCGGCGAAACUCAAAAAAGGCGACAAUUAUUGGCUAGGUAUUAACGAUCUGGUCAAGGAGGGAACAUACAAAUCUAUUGCCUCUGGAAAGGAAGCGAUAUUUUUGCAAUGGGCGAGGAAUAAUCCCUAUACAGGAGGAAGAAAGGACUAUGUACUAAUACGUAACGGAUAUAUGUAUAAUGAUUUCGGCUACAGGGAACUAUAUUUUAUUUGUCAAGCGGACAGUGAAAUUUAGGUUUAAUAAGGAAACCUUUUAUCUCAAUGUCCUUCCAUAUAACCAUAUUAAUGAAAUGAAAGUGCAUAAAUUUAAUUUAGUUUUAA